AAGGACUGUACAGGAAGGACGGCUAUACUAUAUACUACGUACUAUAGAGUGAUGUGUGUUUUGCGCGUGCUUGCUUCUCUGCUGCGCGUGUGAGCUGAGCCGUCGCACACUACUAGAGGUAAUUAAGAAUAGGAUCAAUCGAGUGGAGUGGAGCUUUGAUCGAGAUGGAGGAGAUGUGGAUGGACUACUCCCCCGCCGCCGCCUACCGUGGCCACGCCGCCUACAUCCAGGACUACCUCGCCGCGCCCCACGAGCCGCCGCCGCCGCCGCCGCCGCCUCCCCACACGGCGCUCACCCUCGAGUUCACCUACCUGGGCCACGCGGGCUCCAACCCCUCCGCCUUCUCCUUCCCCGACACCAACAAUAGGGGCAGUGAGCUGCGGCAGCGACGGAUGAUCAAUCAGCGGGCGUCGGCGGCGCGGUCGCGGGCGCGGAAGCAUGCCUACACCAAGGAGCUGGAGCUGGAGCUGGAGCAGCUAAGGCGGGACAACCGCAUGCUCAUCAAGCGCCAGCAGGACCUCCAUGUUCGUUUGGCGUUGCCGGCGCACAACCUCCAGAGGUGCCGCUCCGCCCCUGCGCCAUGAAUCUUCCUUCGAGACGGGGUGUAUGUAAUGUGUGUGUAUAUAUAUAUAUAUAUGUAAUCAGGCUAAGCUUUCUCGUCAAAAGCAAUACUAGUAGAGUACUAUAUGUUUCUGCCUUGCCGAUCGAGGCAAUCACUGGCCUGUGAGACCAGACCGGCUGAGGAUUCGAUCGACUUUUCCUAGCUAGCGGCGGCAAAGAUGUGCUGGAAUCCUAUGUAGUAUAUUGCAGCUGACUUUUUUCCAUCUUAA